AUGUAUUCAGUGUUAAGAAAUGCAGACGAAAGACUGUCAAUGCCCCAUGUAACUCCUAAAACAUUAAUCAGCAUAACGACAGGAAUUUCUUCAUUAGAUGCAAUAUUAGGAAGUGGAAUUCCUCUGGGAUCACUAGUUUUAAUUGAGGAAGAUGAAUUUGGAUUUUAUUCAAGAAUAUUUACAAAAUGCUUUUUAUCAGAAGGAAUCCUUCGUAAUGAUUCUGUUUUUCUUGCAUCUAUAGAUGAAAAUCCAGACAGUGUAAUUAAUGAGUUACCUCAACCUAUUUCCAAAAAGGAAGAGAAAAAAGUUUCCUCUCCAGAGGAACUACAGAUAGCUUGGAGAUAUAAAAGCAACCUGCAAGUUUUACCUGAGCCAGUAACAAUAAAAAAUUCUUUAAUUAGUCAUGAGUUUGAUUUUUCAAGUAAAAUUCCUUUGGAUAAAAUUGAAGGUGCUGAUAUAACUACUUGGCCUAAAAGCAAUCAUACUGUAAAUGAUGCUAGUGGACUGAUUGAAGAAAUUUUAAAAUUUAAUUCAUCCUGGAAAUCUAUUAAAAACUCCAGGAAUACAAGGAAAAUAAUGAGAGUGGUUGUACAGAGCUUGGGUUCACCAUUUUGGAAAAUUGAAAUAUGCGGUACUAGGAUGUUAAUGCUUAUGGUUCUUAAUGCUGUUUAUAGUAUUUAUUAUAACUUUAUUUGA